AUGAAGUUUUGGGAUUCGGUUGGAUAUGGCGAUCAAGGAACAAUGGACGAAAGUAGUCCUUUUGAUGGUUUGUUCAAACUGUCAAGAAUGGAGCGUCUUUAUGGUUUUGGAAUUUGUACUGGGUUCCUUGUUGGCUUCACUAAACAAAUGAGGACAAUGUUUGCACCAGUGCAAGUUAUAUACCUUAUGGCCGAUCCAUCAUUAAAAAAUUAUGUGGCAGUUGUGUUGAGAGUAUUGUAUAAUAACGAUACGGUAUUCGUUAUUCUGGAGUAA